AACUUCCGUCCCCACAUUUUUUGAUGGGGGGAGCUCGCUGUUUGAGGGCAGUCCCGACCGAGCUUGUAGAGCGCCGAGGGGCCAGCGAGGCAUCCACUCUAUUUAAAGUUGGUAUAUAAAGUACGAAGGGGGAGUUCGAUUGAGGAUAGAUAUAUCGUAUUGGACUUCUACUACUACUAUUUACGACAAUGGGAUUGCGGAAAUAGAAGAUGAGAGGACUACAGACAACCCUCCCCCUCCUCCUCCCCGCCCUAAUCCUCCUCCACCUCCUCGCCGCUCCCUACACCAAAGUCGAAGAAUCCUUCAACAUCCAAGCCACACACGACAUUCUCACCUACCCUCCCCCCUUCUCCCCCUCGACCUUCGCCUCCCACAUCCGCUCAAACUACGACCACAUCACCUUCCCCGGCGCCGUCCCUCGGACAUUCAUCGGCUCCCUCCUCCUCGCGCAGCUAACCCGUGCCUUCCUCCACGCCACCUCCUUCGCAUACAUCCGCACCUUCACCAAUGCCAUCCUCGGCACCCCCCUCCACUUCGCCCACUCCCAACUCCUCUUCCACACCCUCGUCACCGGCUCCGCCCAACAAACCGCCCGCUUCAUCCUCGGCUCCCUAACCGCCCUCGCUCUCCUGCGAUACGCGCGCGCGCUUGCAAAGGCAUUCGGUCCCGGAGUGGGGAGGUGGUACAUCCUCCUCCAAGCAACACAAUUCCACAUCCCCUUCUACGCCUCGCGCACCCUCCCCAACACCUUCGCGCUCCUCCUCACCACCGAGGCUGCGCGCGCUUUCCUCCCUGUGCCCGGGAAUAAUGCCGCGGGCCAGCGGAGUCAGGUGAGGAGGGGGAUUUAUCUGCUGGUUGCAGCGGGUGUGAUUUUCCGCGCGGAAAUCGCGCUGUUACUUGCUACGCAGGUGGGCUUCCUGCUUUGGACACGACGUGCGGAUCUACGCACCGUCGUCCUCGCUGGGCUCCCCGCGGCAGCUUUAUCAAUCGCCGCAUCCGUCGCCGUCGACUCAGCAUUCUGGCUCCGCCCCGUCUGGCCCGAACUCGCAUCCUUCAUCUUCAACGCCUACCACGGCGCGUCGUCCGAAUGGGGAGUUUCACCCUGGCACGCAUACUUCUCCUCUUCCCUUCCCAAACUCCUCCUAAACCCGCUCGCUAUCCCAAUGCUAGCAGCAGCGCUGUACUUCCCCGCCACGUCGCGCGCGGCGAGGGGGCUGGUGAUCCCGCAGCUGGCGUAUGUGGCGCUGUAUAGCGCGCAGCCGCACAAGGAGGCGCGGUUUAUUAUUUAUGCCAUACCGCCCUUGACGGCGGCCGCGGCGUUGGGGGCGUCGUAUGUGUGGACGCGCCGGGCGAGGGGGGUGGUGUAUAGAGUGGGCUCGCUGGCGGUGGUGGGGGGUGUGGUGGUGAGUUUCGUGGCGGCGAUGGGGAUGCUUCUCGUGUCUUCGCUGAACUACCCCGGCGGCGAAGCGCUGUGGGAGCUGCAUCAGCGGGUGGGGAUCGAUAGGCAGAUAGGGUUUGUGAGGGAGGGGCAGGUGGUGAGGGUGCAUACGGAUGUGUUGAGUUGUAUGACUGGCGUGACGAGGUUCCAGGAAGCUGCGCCGAGCAAACCUUUUUGGCGGGCGGAUUUCCUGAGUUAUGGGGGGAAUUCAGGGGUCCUGCCGGGGAAGGGGGGACGGGUGGAUUGGGAUAUCGAGUGGGCGUAUGAUAAGACGGAGGAUGAGGCGGCGUUGCGCGAUGUGAGGUUCUGGGAUCAGUUUGACUAUGCGCUUGUGGAGGAUCGGAGGAAGGCGCUGGGGAAUUGGAGGUUGGUGGCCGUGGUGUGGGGGUUUGCGGGGGGUGUGGAGAUGUUGAGGCCGGGGGAGGAGAUGAUGCAUGGGUCGGAUGAGGAGGCGUGGAAACAGGCGAUGGUGCCUUGGGGGUCGUGGCGUAAGGGGGAGGUGGGCUGGGGUGUUUUGAUGGAGAUGGUGGGGCCUCGUGGGGGGUUGAAAGAGGUGGUAAGGAGGUUUGUCACGAGAGGGUGGUGGGUUGGGCCGAGGAUGGAGCAUAAGAUCCAUAUUAUGGGGCGGGUAGUAGAACCUGUGGUCGACGAGGAGUAGUUUAAGGAGGGACAAGACAGGCAAGCUAGAAUAGAUGGGCCAUGGAAAACAUGUAUCAUUGAAUGUAUAAAUAAC